AUGGGAAACGGAGCCAAAGCCGCCUCCAAGCGCGAGCGCAACGCCAAGGACACCAAGGCUGGCGGCAAGUCGCAGUUGAAGACCAACGAAGCUGCAAAGGAUAUCAUCUGCAUGACUUGCAGGUCGACUUUCCUCAAGACUACUCGUGCUCCGGCCUUGACUGAGCAUGCUGCCAACAAGCACAACAAGACCCUGCAGGACUGCUUCCCCGGCUUUGUGGAGGCGCCUAAGAAAUGA